AUGGACGUUCCCGGCUUUGCAUUGGUUACAGGCGCAGCCUCUGGCAUCGGCAGAGCAUGUGCUCGCGGUUUCGCCCAAGAAGGUUCCGCCGGUAUCGCAUUACUAGAUCUCAACGCAGACGCACUCAAGACCGUUAAAGAGGAAAUCGAAGCCGAGUUUGGGAAAGAUCGCAAGAUUGAGUUGCUCACAUAUCCCAUCAACAUUGCCAACGAGGAGGAAGUCAUCAAGGUCGUCAACGAAGCCGCCGCCAAGUUCGGCAGGCUGGACUACGUUGUUAACGCCGCUGGCAUCGCCAUCAAGCACCAGGGUGGCGCCGCGUUCGCCAAGACGGAAGACUGGCAACGGGUCCUCGACGUGAACAUUAACGGAACAUUUUACGUCCUGAGAGCAGCGGCGCAGAUUAUGUUGAAGCAAGAGCCAAUUUUGUCAACGAUUGACGGCAGACCUUUGCAAAAGGGGUCCAUUGUCAACUUUGGCUCUAUCCAGGGUGUUGUGGGCAUCACACUCUCUACGGCAUACACGACGACGAAGCACGCUGUCAUCGGUCUGACCCGCACUGCGUCCGAGGACUACGCGAACCAGGGCUUGCGAAUUAAUGCCAUUUGCCCUGGAUACACCGAGACGCCAAUGACGACUAAGAACCCUGAGGUGUUGAAGGCGAUGGAGGAGAGAGUUUCGACCGCGGUGCCGAUGCAGAGGAUGGGAAGCCCAAAGGAGAUUGCCGAUGGUGUUUUAUACUUGGCUGGUGGCAGGAGCUCGUUUGUGACUGGGUCUGCGCUGAUGGUUGAUGGAGGUUAUACUUCGAGAUAG